UUUCUCCUUGCCUUAUUAAUUUUCUUUAAAAUAAAUUUAUUAUAUUGUAACAGUAGCAUUUAUUUCAAAGCUUUCCAAAACUUUUCUUUUUACAACUUUGAAUUCUAGCAGCUUUGGAAAAACCAACCAGCCAACGAGUUUUUUUUCACCACCUGAAAAUUUGUUUGUGUUUGGUUAUAUAGACAUUUGGGGUGGUAAUUUGAUAUAUGCAUGGAAGCUAGAGAAGGCAUUAGUUCCGGGGUUACGGUGAUAGGGGCAGAAGCUCCAUCAGCAUAUCAUGUGGCACCAAGGAGUGAAGCUCCAAACCAGGUUCAUGUGCCUGAGGGAGGCACGGCAGCUGUGGCUGCGGCUGCUGCUGCCGCUGCCGGGGUUUCUCCGGUGAGUGUGGGGAUAGAUGGAUCGAUGCUUAAGAAGAAACGGGGUAGACCGAGGAAAUAUGGGCCGGAUGGAUCUGUCACUAUGGCAUUGUCACCAUUGCCACUCUCAUCUUCAGGUCCACAUUCAAAUGACUUUUCGUCCGGUAAACGGGGGAAAUCGAAGGGGACGGAGUACAAGCAGUCGAAAAAACUUGGGUUUGAUCAACUAGGUGAAUAUAAUGCAUGUGCUGAUGGUACAAACUUUCUGCCACAUAUCAUCACUGUUAAUGCUGGAGAGGACAUUACCAUGAAGGUUAUAUCGUUUUCUCAGCAAGGACCGCGAGCUAUAUGCAUCUUAUCUGCUAGUGGUGUAAUUUCAAAUGUCACCCUUCGUCAACCUGAUUCUUCUGGAGGCACUUUGACCUAUGAGGGCCGUUUCGAUAUACUUUCUUUGUCGGGAUCGUUCAUGCCUACUGACAACCAAGGAACACGAAGCAGGACGGGUGGGAUGAGUGUCUCGUUGGCAAGCCCUGAUGGUCGUGUUGUAGGUGGUGGUGUUGCCGGACUUCUAGUAGCCGCUAGUCCGGUGCAGGUGGUGGUGGGAAGUUUCCUGCCAAGCAACCAACAAGAUCAGAAACCAAAGAAGCCGAAGCCAACUGAUUAUUCCACGCCCGUUGUUACUCCCGUUGUUACUCCGGCAGUCAUCUCGAUGUCUUCUGCACCAAGUCACCCGAGCAAUGCUGAGAAAGAUGAUCAUGUGAUGGGUGGUGCACACCAUGUGAUGCAAAACUCAUCAUCAAACCUUACCCCUUCUCCCUUCAGAAGAGAAAAUUGGGUGAACAUGCACUCCCUGCAACAAGACUCAAGAAAGUCGGCUACCGACAUCAACAUAUCUUUGCCAGAUAGUUAAAGAGAAAUGUUAUCUGUAUUCACUUAUUCUCGUACAUGUAACGCGACUCGGAUAGUUAGGUUGAUGCAUCACCAAUCAAGUCUUCACUGACAAAACAAAACAAAGGGUUCAUUACUGAGUUAUCAAUUUGAGUGUCUUUUACAGUGUUCUCUCUAUUAUUAUAUGUCAAUUAAGAUUUAAGAUUGUUCCAAAACAUUGUUGUCUGAUGUUUUAUCACCACCAUAGCAUGAUUUAGCUCACUAGUAUUCUUAUUAUUUAUUAAGAAUGUUGUAGUUAGGUAGAGUAUUCUGAUUUGUCGGCUGAUUAGGUAGAUGCUGCACUAUGUAUGCAGUUUUAUGAGUAGGCUAAUUUGAAUGUAACGAAACAAGCUUGUUUGCCUUUUUAUUUAUGAUUUUUAUUCAAACUUGUUUACCUA